UCAGCCCCAGGACCCCAGCCCUCCUCCUUUAGACCCAGGAGCCUGGGCCCCCAGCCUCCUCACACUCAGGAGUUGGACCCAAAGCCACACUGCCAGGAGGGCUGAGCUAUCCUCCGCACUGUGCGGCAAAGCCGAUGGAGGUCUCCGGGGAGAACAGAGUCACAGUCCCAAACAGGCCCUGGCAGGCCUCCUCACCCACCACUGUGUGGAACAAGACCAGGAGCUUGAGAACCUCCAGCAGGACCCCUUUUCCUAUUGGCAGGUGGGGAGGGGGAGGCAUAGGGAGGAGAGAGUCACCCACCCCCCUUGGGCUUCUCCUUGCCCCCAGGCCCUCAGAUUACACCUGUCCCCGCAAGAGGCCUGUCUGGAUAGGGGACUUCUGAGCAAGUGCUCUGGCCCGUGGCCAGACCCCCAUGUGCGGGUUGCCCUCCCAGGCCGCCUGCUCCCCGGGGGGCCUCCCUAACCGUGGGCUCUCAGGACCUCAGGCCUCCUGCCCCUGGUUGCUGGGGGCAGGACUCCUGGUCCAGGUCUCAGGAACCCGCGCCACCCGCAACUGCCUUGCAGGCAUCAGGCUGUGAAGCAGAGGGAUUCCCUGGCCCCAGGUCCCUGGGUCCCACCCUCGGGGUCCCCUUGGUGAGGAAGAGCUGCCUUGAACCCCUGGCUUUCAGCCCAGGUGGGUAGGGGGGCUUUUCUAGUGCCAGAGCCCCUGUCCCGCCCCCAAGGCACCGCCCACCCAGCUGCUAAGGAAGCAGCUCCCCAACAGACAGGCCAGUGUGACCCUUUUGCCUCUUCCCCUUUAAUAAGGGGGCCCCUAGCAACAGAACUUAGAACUUUGAGGGCUGGGUGGGGUUGAUCUGGUCGCUGGGGUCUUUCUCCACAGAGGCCCAGGGGACUGAGGAGGUGACAUGGCGGGCUCGGGGAUCCCAGCUUUGAGCCUUUUCCUGCUGAUGCAGGGUGCAGUGGACGGGAAUGGAAUCCAGGGGUUCUUCCAUCCAUGGAGCUGUGAGGGAGAGGUUGGGGACUGGGAGAGCUGUGGGGGCCAGGCGGCACUCGAGAACCCCAGUCUCUGCCUGCGUCUCCGAUGCUGCUAUCGUGAUGGGGUCUGCUUUCACCAGCGGCCGGACGAAACUAUGCGGAGGAAACACUUGUGGGCCCUGGGCUGGACCUGCGGAGGCCUCCUCUUCCUGAUCGCCAGCAUCUGCUUGUUCUGGUGGGCCAAGCGCCGCUACAUGCUGCACCUUCCAGGGUUCCUGCAGGGCAAGUGCACCCUGUCCAGAGCGGUCUCUCUGUUGCCCAAGGACCCGAACACUCUGAGUGAAAAAAGAAUGGCGUCUGUAGGCAGCAUGCCAGUCUCCCUGUCUGCAGAGGGGAUCCUGGAUGGCUCAGGGGCCACCGAAGGGGACGAAGAAAUGGGAGAUGGGGAGGAUGAAGAUUAGAGGCACCCCCAGAGGGACCCCUCAAUACACAUAUAGCAUAUAGAUGCCUGGUCUCUUUUCUGAGAACCUCAGGAGAAGGAGGCGGAUUUGCCAGGGGACAUGGAGUGUGCGUGUGUUUGGGAGCAGCCAGUUGGGUGGCAGCUGGGCUGUGACCACAGGGAGGGUGUGAGCUGAGGGGUGUCCAGAAUAAGAGGGAUCCCAGGAUAAGUGGGGAGGACUUGAGCUGAGGGGGACCUGGGCUGAUCUGGGUGCCUGGGCUGU